UCCGGAUCGGGUCACUUUCAUCAACAGCCAAAUCAUCAUCCGAAAAGCAACAGAAAGACUAGUGGAUCCGGUGACGGUGGCAGCGGUGGCAGUGGUGUGCGGACAGAAAAGAAGGCCACAUCGGAGAAGCCUAGCCGUAAGCUGACACGUGAGGAGCGCAAAAUGGAGGCAAUCGUGAAGGCGUUUGCGAAGAUGGAACAAUCGCAGCAACGCAAACAGGAGCUCAAGGAACAGCGAAAGAGUGGUGGUGACGGUAGCUGUUCUGGCACCGGUGGUUUUGGCGGCAUCAGCGGUGGUAGUGGGAAAAGGCGCAGUAUUUCCACUUCAAAUACCACCUCAAGUGCGUUGAUGAGUGGCAAUGUGUCCGACGAGGGCACACUCGAUAGUUCCUCGUAUGGUGACAUUGGUAGCGGAGAAGGAGGUGGUGCUAGCUUCGAGGGGCGUAUCGUCUCACCGGGUGCCGUGACCUCUGGUUCGGCUCCAUUUCUGAAUUCUUCUGGAGGAUCGGCAAGCAGUAGUGGGAGCAGUAGCGCCGGUGGCAGCAAACGGAAACGUUCGUCCGUGCUCGGUGGUAGCAAAUCCUCGAGCUCGUCCUCCUCGGCCCGGUCGAAGAAGAAAAAGAGCAAAGCGGUCAGCCAGCACUUUGCUUCCUCGACGCAGCAGCGCCGUAAGAAGCUCGCAGCGGCAGCAGCACGUUCCAAAUCGAAGUCGAAAACGACCGACCAGCAGGAGCCUAAGCAACAGCAGCAGUCGUCGCAGCUACCGAACGAAAGAGUACGAACGCUGGCGGAUGAUCAGCAUUCAAUGAGAGACCAGUAUGAUAAAGCUGCCGAGCUACUGCUAACCUUUUCGCAAUCUGCUAGCAACGAGGCGGUUGUCGGCACCACGACUCACCAUCACCACUUGCCGGUUACAAUGUCGGAUUCUGGUUCCGGUGUCGGCACUAGUGCCGGUAGUGCGAACGAUGGGGGCAACCUACCGCUACUCAGUUCCGCUUGCAUGCUUAUAGAGGCAGCCGUUGGACCACUUGAUCAUCUAUCCGGUUCACAAGCACCCGCGAUAGGUUCUCCGUCUUCGGAUUCGGUUGGCUCUUCACAGCUGGCAUCGCAUGUACUGCAGCAACAGGAGCAACGAUCGGUUCAAUCUCCCGGGGCUGAACCACACUAUAACCUGCAACCAUCACAUCAGUCGGAUUUUAAGUGUCCUGCCAAAGCGAAAACGAAGAAAAGCAUGAGCCGUGAAUGGCUCAGUUCGGCCGCGGCAGCAGCCUCAUCAUCGUCGGUCACGGAAUCGGACGGUUCGAUCUACUCGUCACCGACGGUAGUGAUCGGGGGCGAUGAUAAACAGCCAGGAAACCCCUCGGAAGGUGGCAGUGAAACGCUGGUGGAGGCUACUACUAACAGUGGUGGCAACAUACUGAUAGCGGCCAAGAAGGUCGAAGAGUUUAUCCUUCAAAACUCCUUGGUCCCGUCGCAGGACCUGGGUAAGUGGGCUACACCUACUUCCACAAUGUCCCCGGCGGUCAGUAAUGAAAUGAGUGGAUCGGGCAACAGUGGCGGAUCAGGUGGAGCUGGAAGUUUCGUCACAUCAACCAGCAGCAGUAGUAGUAGCAGCAACACUGCAGGUCCGACGGAGAGUGCCGCGGUAAAGAAGCGCUGGUUGCGUCAGGCUAUCUCGGAGGAAACAGACGAACAUCCGACCGGCGGUAGUGGGCAACAUUCUUCGUCAUCCUCAUCUUCUUCGCCUCCCCCACCGAACGGAUUCGCAACGCCGCUCAAGAAGCGCCGGGUUGUACGUGAAACCCCUGCUCCGAUUGCCGUCGUGUCUGAUCAGCAGCAAUCCCAGACUCCAUUCGUUUCCUCAAACUAUCCGGAUGGCAGCAGCGGCGGUCCUGAUGCAUCGAGCAACAGUACCACCGAGAACCGAUACUGGCCGGAUCAUCCGCGAUCAUCAACGGCAGCAGCGACCACGGUGGAGAAACAGGCGAUGGAUCUGUCCCGUGCAGCGAUGCCAACUGGGCCGGUAAAGAUGCUUACACCGCUGCAUUUUGCCGAUCCGGGCCCGUUAUUGCCACUGCCGCGGGCCAGCCCUACUACACCGGUACAACCAGCAGCAGCAGCAGCAUCGGGUACACCGCCGCCAUCACUACCAACGGUACACCAACAUCAUCAUCAUUCGUUGUUGCAACAGAUCCAACAUCAUCAUCGGUCGCAUCCGCAGCAUCAUUUGUCACAUCCACAUACAAUCCCGCUGGAAAUGGUAACCGGUCAGUUGCAGUAUGAAACUGCGGCUACCGGUGCGAUGCCGACUUCUUCGGACGUUACUCAAUCGGUGACAGUAGCGGCGGGGACUCCACCGAUGGUGGUGAUGGUGCCGGAAGUCGUUAACUCACAGCUGGCUACUGCUGAACGGAUAGAAGAAGCAUCUGAGCUGUACUUGCCGGCGUCGGCGCAGUAUACACAGCAGGAAGAAACAGUAUCAACAGCCACUGCAGAGGUAGAGGUUCCAGCAGAACCAUCGGUAACGGCUGAGGAAGGUACUAAAGAAACAGCUUCUUCUUCGGAUGUCCCGGAUGCGGCAUUCGUCGCUGCUCCAGUAACACCACGGAGCAAGGGAAGCCAAAAGUACAUAGCGAUGGAUAUGGUGGACGUGGAAACGGCCAAAGAGGAUCAACAACCGGUAUUGAAAAUGCCAUCGCAAGAGAAUAUAAAAUUGACGGAGCAGGAAGUGCCAACGGGAGUAGUGGAAGAGAUGAAUGAGGAUGCCAUUGUCGUCGAACAACAAAUGGAACAAGUGGAAAUUACUACUGAGACGGUACAUGAUCAUGAAGAACUGAAAGCAACGGAGGAGGAUGAGAAACUACCGGAAAAGAAUUUGGCAGCAGUAUUGUUGCCGCCCUCAUCAUCGCCUGUGGCUGAAACGGGAGAGAAGACGGUAGUAGAAGAAGAGAUAAUCGACAAAACGGAAGCUUCCGAAGACACGCUUUUGGUAGAGGAGAUCAUUGAUGACCUUCCUCCCAGGGAUACUUCGUCGCCCCUUCUAGCAGAGGAAGUGGAAGUGGAAAUACAAAGCGAAACCAUCGAAUUGCCAAAGAAGGAUGAGAAGGACAUGGUGUAUCAAGGGGAGGACGAUGAACAUGAGCACGAGCUGCAGUCAUUGACAGAUGAUGAACAGAAGGAGCUCAAGUACUGUGAAUCGGAGGAAGAGGCUGCAGCGGCGGCUCGCCGCGGAUCGCUAUCCGUCGCCGAUGCCCUGAACACUUCCAUCAGCGCGUCAUUGUCCUCGACGUUCGAUGAGAUUGUGGAGACGAUUGUUGAGGAGCAGCUAGCGGCCAUUGAUCAGGGCCGACCGAUCGGGCAACCGAAUCUCGAUAACAUCAGUAGCAGUGAAGAAGAGGAUGAGGACGACGACACCGAUUCGGCGUUGCUGGGAGGAGCGAAAGACAGCAAGAAGGACGAGCAAGGCGGUGUGUCUAUCGAGCAGGAAAUGAUGCAAAUGAUGUCCGAGGAAACGGCAACGACUACUGGAGCCGCUGGUGGAAAUCGAUCAUCAACGACGAUGAAAACGAAUGCCGCCAACGCCGUUGUCGCAGCCAGUGGCCGCAGGAUAGGCGGGCCGGACAAUCGGACAUUGAUUACGCCUUCAGCUCGUGUCACCGCCAAUGGAAAGGACGUAGAAGACGGGAAAGACCAUCCCUCAGCCACCAAACCAGCAUCGUCGUCCUCGGAUCGGAUCGGCGAGAAGAGCGAGCAAAAUGAGCUGGAAGAUCUGCAGAAAGUGAUUGCUUCGUUUCACACGGAAAACAUCAUGAACCUGAUCUCGCGCAAUCGCAGUAAAUCGAAGAAAAAAGGAGCCAGCCUUACGCCCCCGGACAACAGUAGUGUGGUCGGUCAUCAUCCGCCACCGAAGAAGCAAUUGAAGCUCAACUUUGAUCUUAAUUGUUUAAAGGAACAGAACCAGGGAACAGAAGCACCAUCAUCAGCAACAGCAGCAAUAGCAGCUAUCAGCACCACCAUACCAAAGGAUGCACCGGCUGCACCAUCGAGUGUCACCGUCGUAAGCCAAAUUCCAACCGUCCUGCAGGCUACUCUGCCACCAUCCUCGGUGUCCGUGUUGGCCUCUUCGACCACCCUAUCGCCUGCCGUUGCCGGUGCCAUUGGAACCGGAUUGUUAGGGGCACCGAUUCCGUCAAUCACCACCUUCGGCUCAGAACCGAUCCGGUCAUUUUCCACGCUACGCUCGGAUCCAAUUACCCCCACGGUUGGCGUAGGUGGCCAUCUGAGUACCCUCGGUGCUUACCAUCUGCCACAUCAUACCCAGCCGUCACCAGUAGCAGCAGCUCCGCUGCGGAACUCAGUUUCUUCGAUGUUCAACGAUUAUCCAUCAUCGUCGAGCGUCGUUGGCAUUAUCGGCAGCAGCAGCUCCUCCGGUGUUACCUCAUCCGGAACAGCGGGUGUCGGCGGUAUCUAUCAAUAUCGCUCGGAGGUUUCCAACUUGCUGGAGCGUACGAUGCUCGCACAUCGCACUGCUGCCGCCGCUACUGUCUCGGUCGAUCGUCCAACCAGCUUUUCGACGCUUGGCUCACUGUCCGUCUCACCAUCGACCCUAGGGAAACCGACGCUUCUCUCUGGCAUUACGGAUCCGAUGACGCCUACUGCAGGAGUGACGACGGUGCCAAUUGCUGGAGCCAUAGCAUCAGUCGGAGGUGUAGGCAGUGGUGCGAGUGCGAGCACAGCGGCUACAACCGCGAUAGGUCACUAUCCGAAGAUAUUCACCAAAACGGCCAGCUCGGAUCCACGUCUCAAUCCGGCCUUGUUGGCGGCUGGCAGCAGCACCGAAUCGGCACCGGGUGCUCCCGGUACAUCCGCAGCUGCAGCAGCGACACCGAAGCGUAAGCUCUCACUGACAGAGUAUCGCAAGCGGAAGCUACAGACCAGCACCAGUACCGACGGUAGUCCAACGUCCAGUAGCUCGGUGAGUGGCAGCGCAUUAUCCACCGCCACAAGUCCCCCAUCUGCUUCUGCCAUAACUAUGAGUUCGAUUGUGUCGUCACGGCUGCUCGGUACUGCGAUAACGAAUCGGCCAGGAAGGGAAGAACCAACGAUUGGCGGUAGUAGCACUACUGUAGCAGCAUCGAUGACGGCAACUGGUGGUGGAGGAGGAAACGGGUCGUCCGCGGUUAGCAGCACGAUCAGUAGCAACGACGUGAGCAGUUCUAUUAGCCGCGAGCUGGAGCUAGAGCUGGAGCUGCAGGAUGAUACCGACAAACCGUCCGGUGAUUCGAAUUCGAAAGCUACACUAAGCAGUAGACGUAAUAGUGUCAUUAACAACACGAUCGUUACUAACACUACUGCGCCAGGAUUGAGCAAUGGCACAGCAGCAGUAUCAGCAGGAGCCGGAAUUGGUGUGUCGUCAAUGGUUGGAAAAGACGGUAGAAAGGUGACCGGAGGCGGAGGCGGUAGCAGUAGUAGCAGUGGGGCCACCUCUCCAGAACAAAACAAUCUGCAUCAUCACAACCUUCAUCAUUACAAUCACAAGCAUCAUCACCACCACCACCACAAUCACUACGAGGCUCUUGCAUCGGCAGAAGAGAUAACAACUACCUUCAGUGCCACACCGACACUAGCCGAACUGCGUAGCGAGGGCGGAAUGUCGGCUGAACGAUUAAAGUCCUUGAAGUACUUCCCGUAGAAGUCAGUUUGAACGGAGAUCAAAAUGCAUUCUUUCGCUGUUCGGCGGCAGCAACAGCAGUAGCAGCAGCAACAGCAGUAGCAGCAGCAACAACAAGAAAAGCUAUGCUCCACCAUCAACUUUUCGCUGUUCUUGACAUGCAGGCCGUGUCACGCGGUUCCUAACACUAUUGAUAGCAGCAGCAGGUUUAGAAAGAGGAAUCGAAACAAAAAGUAUCUACCAUGGAAUGUAAAUUUGUAGAAAAACAAACGAAGAAACGAAAGCAUGCGUAACACGUAACAGCGCUUUCGAUUUUUGUAACAAAAUGUGGUCCACACUUUAUAUAGUGAUGUGUUUCGUUGGGUGGUUUUUCGUUUUUUCUUCCUCCCUAUACGUGCGUUAUUGCGAGGCACUUGCCUUGUGAAUAUUGAUGCUUACAAUUGCAGGAGGAAUUGUCGAUCUGCCAUUUAAUUUUUACACUGGAGUAGUACCCAGAUUGAAUCAAAAAUGUACGGCGAAAAUCAAACGAAUCAUCACGGUAGCAAAUGGAAAACCAAACAAAAUAGAGUACCACAGAUUCCGCGACGCUCCAUCUAGAAGGGCACGGGAAACUUCAUUAAGGAAGGAUGCUAAUAGGAGAAUUGUUUCAUGAAUUUCAUCCCUAGUUCAUGUUAAAUCUAUCCACCUGUUCCCCCAGCAACUUCAUCGUCACCGCGUGCGCUAUCCUGGCGCAUACGAUUCUCGAAUGCGGAACACGCGAACUGCAGUGGCUCGCAAGAAGAAGGCAAAGAAAUCCGAAUUUAGAUGCUAGGAAGCUAGCGCGCGCCUCUCUUACGAAAUGAACACAAUCUUUAUAUCUUCUUACUCGUUCUUCUGCGUUUAUUAAUUCGUUUGUUAAGCGUUUAGUUUGCGAGAUGCGAUAUUUAUAAGUUUGGAUUAGCAAAGAAAGAGGGACAGGGUUACGAUAUGAAUUUGGGUUGGGGGACGACAACGUUCAGAAAUCCACUGUAGGUAGACACACAGUGUGGUACGAAUAAUAGUAUGUUAUUAUUAUUAUUAUUAUUAUUAUUAUUUCUUAUUUAAAUUUCAAAUUGAUUAUUUAUAUCAACCUACCUUUGGUCACUGAUGGUUUGAAUAAAAGAUUCGCCAUUCGAUUUAGAAGCUAGAAGGUAUAUAGUGAUAUAUACACAUAUAGGUGUAUAUAUACGAUACACGGCCUUAUUGGUUCUAUUACGCUGCUAUACUUUCUUCAGAACAAUAUUUUAAUUUUAUUAUUAGAAGCUCUGCCUUUUUGGGAAUCGUUUGAAGUAUAACAGAUCGUUUAGAAUGGCGUGUUCCGUUUCGGGUUAGUUGCUUAGUUACAUCCUCACACACCGUUACUAUUCAUUCCUUGUCAACCACAGAUACGCACACACACUCAGUAAAUCAAUCAAUCCAGUGAAUGAACCAGUUCAAAGAACACUGCGUGCUCCAAUAAAGCGUAGUGUUGGUGUCGAUAAUGAUGAUGAUGAAGAUGAUAAUGCAGGUUGGAAUCCUUGGAACAUUCGUAAUAACACGGCCGAGGACAAAAGAAACGAAGGGAGGAUAUUUGUGGUAGAAAACGGCGAGGUGGGGAGCACACAACGAACGAGGACAGGACAUCGAAAUGGAGAUUUAAGGUUUUAGAUUAGUUCGUUCCAUGCAAAACAUCACCCUACCAUCAGCCAUUCUCGUCCGUUAUGUUGUCGAUUUUACUGGGCUCCUAUUUGUGACGCCAGACCCUCUUAGAAUUGCCGGAGGAAACAAGAAAAACCUAAAACUGUGGACACCUGUCACAGUAAUAUAAAUAUAUAAAAAGAUAUUUGUUAGCUGCAUAUGGCAUCAUUAGAGUGAAGUGUAAAUGAAAUUAAGUAAUCUUACAAUUGAAGAUAGCGAGUGAAUAGUACUCGAUGUGGUGACACUUAGAGGUCGCGCUCGGUGGUGCUGCCCCGGGGUCAUUGUGAAUGUUUUAAUCUACUUCUUUUUUUUAAUACUUAAACAGCAACACAUUGAUGUGUUGCUAGGGAGAUAUGUUUUUUAUAUUGAUUUUUUCAUGUAGUGCUAUAUAUACAUAUAUAUAUAUACUUCUAUAAAUAUAACUAUAUAUAUUGUACAUGCAUCUAUGUAACAUAUAACAAGGAGAAAAAUGAUAAUUUAACACAAAGGAGCUCCUAUACAAACUAGCAAAUACUGUAUAAUGAGAUGAAUGGGCGAAAAUGAAUAAAUGCGUGAAGAAAUUUGUACAUUUGUUAAAAACACAUGAUAAUUUUAAGAGAUUGGGCAAGAACGAGAUAAACUCGCAUACAGCUCUCAUUGUCGCGCCUUCUACGCCUAGCAACGGAAGUUUCUACUCAAACCCUCUCACUCAUCACCUCCCUCUCUGAUGUGGCCAUGGUUGUGCGGUAGAAAAUGUGCGUGUGUGAGCGCGCGUGCGUUGUGUGCGCGUAAACACGUGUUAGCCUACUGAGAGAGUCGCUUGUUCUGUCCUUUGGAUUGGGAGCUCUGUAAACUUAAUUCAUAAGAAGACGCGAAGCGUUAUACAACAAAAAUUCGACUCCCUUUCCAUCAAAUGGAGGCCUGAGACCUGUGGUGUGUGCGGAAACACCGCGUGCGACCCUAGCGGUCAAGCGUGACCAUGGAAUCAAACAAUAGAAACAGGACGGACCCACGCAAACGUGCACGCGCAAAUGCUCGUGUGCAAAUGCAGACACUAUGAAGAGCAAACAAAUGAUAGUAGGUAGUAAUGGGUUGGUAAAUGGAGUAAGCAGGCUGGUCGAGAUGAGGGAGGGGUAUGAGCAGAAGAAGGGAUACGAGAGCAAAUUCUGUUAAGCAGGCAGGAAAAAGUUAAGGAGGAAAGGACGUGGCUGCGAUGUAACCUGUAAGAAGAUUUACCUUUGUCAUUUAAAAAAGAGGCAAACCGGGGCCUGAAAAUGGGAAUGGAGCAUGUAAGAGAGUAAGUGCAGUGGAUGAAAAAAAAUUAUCAAAAAACAAAUGAAAACUAAUUUAAAAUUUAAAAGAACUUGUUUGGUGUAACAUAGAUAUUGUUACAAUCCGAAAAUUUCUUUGUUCGACACUAACGAAGGAGGCCCCGAGAAUGCUUGAAG